AUGGUUUCAUUUGCUUUCUUGUGGAGGCCUAUGUGCCUUUUCCUUUCAUGCUCACAGACUACUUUCCCGGAGAAGUCUAGUCAUCAAAUCGUCGAACAGCUUUAUGGCGUGCCAGACGGCUGGACAGAAAAUGGCGUGCCCUCACCAUCAGCGCCGAUAAAGUUUCACAUGGCAGUAAACAACGACAGAAUGGCAGAGUUCGAGCAAAGGGUCAUCGAUAUCGCUACUCCUGAUCAUCAGCUCUAUGGCCAGUUUAUGACACGCGAUGAGGUCGGAGAUUUUCUGCGUCCAUCAGAUGAUACUGUGGAUAGGAUUAUUGCAUGGAUGAAAUCGGAGCGUGUGCCCAACAAAUCAAUCGAGAGACAUGCGAAUUUGAUCACAUUCACGGUCCCUGUGUCUCAGGCGGAGGAUAUGCUCAAGACACGGUUCCACAGCUUCCGCAACGAUGUUAGCCAGGAAACCACAAUUAGGACGCUGCAAUAUUCCGUGCCACAAGAUAUCCGUGAUUCUGUUCAAAUGAUCCAGCCGACGAUCAAAUUUGGACAAUCCAGUGCCCAGGGUGCUCAGGAAAACCAACCAGACCAGGAGCUUGUUGCUACACGCUUCGAUGACUUGAAUGUCAACUGCUCAACCACUGUCACCACCAAAUGCCUCCGGAGGUUGUAUGGUAUCUAUGAUACUGAAGCGAAACCAGAUCCACGAAACAAGCUUGGUGUGUCUGGAUUUUUGGAUCAAUACGCCCGCUACGACGAUUUCCACACCUUUAUGCGCACUUACGAACCCGAUCACACUGAUGCCAAUUUCAGCGUGGUUUCGAUCAAUGGUGGCCGCAACGAUCAGAACUCUUCUUUUAGCAGUACUGAGGCAAGCAUGGACAUUCAGUACGCGGCGGCACUUGCCUAUAACACCGAUACAACAUAUUACACAACAGGAGGCCGUGGCCCCUUUGUGCCAGAGGUCGACCAACCCAACGUGGGUAGUUCUGCCAACGAGCCCUACCUGGAGCAACUCCACUAUCUUCUCAACCUCCCAGACGAGGAUCUUCCUGCUGUUCUGUCAACCUCAUACGGUGAAUAUGAGCAGAUUAUCCCCGCAUCUUACGCAAACAUCACCUGUAACAUGUACGCCCAGCUCGGAGCACGUGGAGUUUCGGUGAUUUUUGCAAGUGGUGACUCUGGGGUUGGGGGAUCCUGCGUGUCCAAUGACGGCACCGGACGGACAAGAUUCAUGCCAACCUUCCCAGCCACGUGCCCUUUUGUCACAUCUGUCGGUGGAACGUUUGGGGUUAACCCAGAGAAGGCUGUUGGUUUCUCUGGGGGUGGUUUCUCGGAAUACUUCCGACGUCCGGCAUACCAGGAUGAGAGCGUUCACGGCUAUCUCGAUCAACUGGGUGACAAGUGGGAAGGCUUGUACAACCCAGAAGGAAGAGGAUUACCUGACGUUGCUGCCCAAGCCAGGGGCUUCGUCUUUGUAGACCAUGGUUAUUUCACGAAGCUUGGUGGCACAAGUGCUGCCGCGCCUGUCUUUGCAGCUAUCGUCUCCCGUCUGAAUGCCGCUCGUUUAGGGCGAGGACAAGGCAGAAUGGGUUUCCUUAACCCGUGGCUCUACUCGCUCAACCAUACGGGUCUUACAGACAUCUUGGAUGGAGGAUCAGUUGGUUGCACCGGAUACUCCGAUGUUGGUGGCCGUGCAUCAAUCGUGCCACACGCUAGCUGGAAUGCCACACCUGGUUGGGAUCCUGUCACUGGCUUGGGGACCCCAGAUUUGAAUACUCUCAUUAAAGUCGCGUGUUCAGGGCACAUGAUGAGAAAUGAUAACACUCAUUGA